GGAUUGCAGACGCAAGUAGAGGGAGGAGAAUAGACAAGGGAUAUACGUAACAAGAACCUCAGUUGUAGCACCAAGGAUAAUCUACAAACCCCUGUAGGCUACAGUAACAUCAAUAUGAUGGGCCAGGCUGUUUAAACGAAGAAUAGCAUAUGGAUUAAAUACCAACAUCAGUCUUUCGACGGUGUGUCCCUUGAUACAUUGUUUUUAUUUUUUAAAGAAUCAUAUUGGAAACAUUUAGCGCCACGACGGCUGAUCGCAUCUCAGAUCCUGCAUUUUUUAUGUUCAUAAAUGUUAUAGGCUAUCGUUUUUUGGUCACGAGCUUCAUCCACUCAUGUGGCAAUGUCGAAAAACCGGCGAUCUUAACCGUGGCUAAACUGGUCGACAGACAUUGUAGGGGGAGUUAAACUGUGGCUACCGUAGCUACGGUACUGCCUGGUUUGAGACCUCCUUCCGGCGAUGUUCUCAAAAAUACAAGUUUCCUGAUAAUUGGACUGUUCUACCCAGACUAUACCCACAAACAAAUAAACUGUGGGGUUACCAAAAGGCAAGUAAAAUAAGGCUUUCCUGCAGCACAUCACACAGUCUGUCCCCCCCCAUCCGCAGUGAUCAUGUCUUCCAGGGAGCGUCGGUCGGACCUGUACAUCAAGGCAGAGCCCAGCAGCCCAGAGGGAGGGGGUGGCGGCCGGGCCAGUCCAGGCGGCGCCUCCUCAGACUCCUCCCAGAGUGGCGGAGGUGGUGCGAGGGGAGAUGGGGUUGGGCGCUACUCACCCCCCCUGUACACGCCAGCCCUGCGCUGCCACUUCAAGGAGGAGGGGGGCGACGGGGCGGAGGAGGGAUCCACUGGCAGCGGAGGAGGACGGUGCAAGUAUGCCCUGAGCACGCUACCCAAGAGACUGUGUCUGGUGUGUGGCGAUGUGGCGUCUGGCUACCACUACGGUGUGGCCUCAUGUGAGGCCUGCAAGGCCUUCUUCAAAAGGACCAUCCAGGGUAACAUUGAGUAUAGCUGUCCGGCCUCAAAUGAAUGCGAGAUCACCAAGCGCCGCAGAAAGGCCUGCCAGGCGUGCCGCUUCACCAAGUGCCUCAAAGUGGGCAUGCUGAAAGAGGGAGUCCGUCUGGACCGAGUCAGAGGAGGGAGACAGAAGUAUAAAAGACGCCCGGAGGUGGAGAACGCGACCUACCAGAGCGCCCCCCUGGCGCUUAGGAAGGAAGGUGAGAAAGGCUCCUCCAACAUCAUCGUUUCCCACCUCCUGGUGGCAGAGCCUGAGAAACUGUUUGCCAUGCCCGACCCACUGCAGCCUGACACGGCUCAGCGGACCCUCACCACCCUCUGUGACCUCGCCGACCGGGAGCUGGUCGUCAUCAUCGGCUGGGCCAAGCACAUACCUGGCUUCCUGUCACUGUCCCUGGCAGACCAGAUGUCCGUGCUGCAGUCGGUGUGGCUGGAGGUGCUGGUGCUGGGUGUGGCCUUCCGUUCCCUGAACUGUGAGGACGAGGUGGUGUUCGCCGAGGACUUUGUCCUUGACGAGGAGAUGUCCCGCGUGGCCGGGCUGACAGAGCUCAACGCGGCCAUCAGCCAGCUGGCCCGACGCUUUCGCUCCUUGCAGCUCGACCGAGAGGAGUUUGUCAUGCUCAAAGCCAUCGCUCUCACCAACUCAGACUCUGUGUACAUUGAGGACAUGGAGGCGGUGCAGAAGCUGAGGGACCUCCUUCACCAAACCCUGUUGGAGUUGGAGUGCCAGCGGCGCCCAGAUGACCCCCAGCGGGCGGGGCGCCUCCUCCUCACCCUGCCCCUCCUCCGACAGACUGCUGGUCGCGCCCUCACCACUUUCUACAGCAUCAAGACCCGAGGCGGUGUGCCCAUGCACAAACUCUUCCUGGAGAUGUUGGAAGCCAUGAUGGACUCGCCCUAAAGAGAAUGGAGGGAUGAGAGGAACGCAAGGAAAGAGGAUUCAAGGGCACAACGAAUGAAAGUGAAUGGCUGGCAGGUGUGAAUGGAGUGGUUUUAUUCAGUUUUCCUAAUGAAGAUUGUGGAGAUUAUCUCAGAUUUUAUUUUAUUUUUUAAAUCAAAGCCUCUUCAGAGAAUCAACACGUGGUUAAAUCAGAACCUUUUGCAUGUAAUAGAUGGCCUCUGAGGAAGUUGGUGGAAUUUCCUUCCUUAAUACAUGACUGCCAAAUUUCAUUGAUAGACUCCAAGGCUCAGUCAGUUGAAAUAUGGGACGGAACUCAGUGAGUUGUAUCCAAACAAUCUGAAUGUCUGAAUCAUAUUUGAUUUCCACUGUCCCAUGGUAUUUCAUUGUAGCACACAUCUUCAAAUGAUGAACUACAGUGACAUGUAUCUAAGAACAGACUGUAACCUUGUGGAUUAGACCUAAUUGUGAACAAUGCAGUAUCAGCCUCUCCACACAAAAGCCAUACUAAAAUACCAGGCAAACGAAUGGCCAUUGACAAACACUAAAGCAUAGGGUCAGAUAGCCCUGCACCCAUAGGAGUAUUUGUAGGUUAGUCUUAGUGCUUGACUUGGUCAGGAGUUUACUAGAGUAGCGGCACCUCACAUUUUGUAAUUGAGUUUCUGCAACUCUAUAUAGAGUAUUGCACCUUAAAUGAAAAGCAGUAUUGGCACUCAAAAUUAGUCAAGUCAAGCACUGGUUAGUCUACAUACAGACAUGGGCUUUCAAUUCAUUCAUAGGAAUUACUUGCAAUAUGUUUUCAAGCAAUACUUUACAUACAGUUAAUUGCAAGAAAAAAUAACUGUAACUAGUAAUGGCAAUGACUGGCUGUAUGUAUUGGCCUGGGUGGCCUAGACGGGUCGGCAGAACGGCGAAAUAAAGGACUACGGUUUGACUAUUAGUCCAAUAAAAGGGAAUACCGGUAUUACGAUUGUCAACAAGAUGUUCGUGUCUCUGUACUUUUAAGAUAUUAGAUUUUAUUUAUACUGUUAGUUGACCCAAUGGGUACACAGGCUUAAUUCUGUAUGAAAGAGAAAGGUGUACUGUAAUUUUGCUGUGCUGGCACUACACGAGGAAUGAAGAUGCAGCUAGAUCAUGGGAAAAAGUGACUGUUCUUUUUUGGCCACUAUAGAGUGAUUUAAGAAGAGGCGAACUUCAAUAGCUCCUGAGAAUGUUUUUGAUUGGAUACAUGACUCCGAGCCAGAUCUUUUCGCUUGUCACCUCCAACCACUCUGAUUUUGGAUGGAAUGUUCAGUUUUAAAACCAUUCGACUGAAUUUGCCGUUUAUUCACGAUCAAAUCAAUUUGAGGCUGAAAUUAGGAAUUGGAAUGCAUAUUUGACAUGUCGUGCCAGCGGAACAUUUUGCUGCUCUUCUUGCAGCCGUUGAAAGACUGAAGAAAGGGACCUCUGUUUUGACGUGGAGGUCCUUAUACUGUGUAUGACCUUUUGAACUGCAAGCCUACUGGUGCCGAAUUGGGGCUUAUAGCAACAAUUAAAUGCAAAACAUUCAGCCUCGUGGGAAUAUACAGCCCAGUCUGACUGGGAACACUUUUAAUAAUUUUUGUCUGUUUACUUGUUUCUCUGUUCAAUAGGCUUGAUUGGUGAUUUACAUUGAUCUGAUGAUAUGCAAUCAUUUCAAUUUUAGUCUUUCAUAUAGCGUAAGUUCCUCUGUUGUUUUCAAACAUACGGUAUAUUGCAAAAUGUAAAGGGUCUAUACUUUCUGUCCUUUGGCCAUUUGCUGAUGAAUAAUUAAUUAGUAAAACAAUCAGAGCUGUUAAAUGCUUAUUGUCUACCUAAGCGGUUGUUCAUCUUCAGUCCUGUAGGGCUGAAUCUUCUGAUUUUCAUCCUCUCCUAAUCAGGGACUAACUGAGACCUGGGACACCAGGUGAGUGCAAUUAACUACCAGGCUGAAACAACAAACAGAAGUAUUUCAGCCAUCUUGGAGCAGAGUUAAAUAGCUGUAGUCUACACCAUUCAUGUUGUGUUCUGUAUUACAUAAUGAGCAGUUGAAAAUGGUUAUGAUUGUGUUAUCUUCACUGUUUCACCGAAAUUCAGAACAUGGCAAACAUGCCAAUAAGAGCUGAAGCCAGUAAAUGAUUAGAUUGGAAUCUGUUUGCCACUGUUAAUUCCUUCUCGAGUAUCUUUUACACAGUACUUUUUUAUUUCUUGGUUAAGGCUAUCUUCAGCUAGAUUGUUACACUUGGCCUCAGGUUUGGUACUGAAAUAAAGCAAUCCAUUGAGAAUGUUGUGAGUUAUGUUUUUCAAAUAGGUUUUUUAAGUGGAUUUAUGUAGGGAUUUUUUUUUUAUAAUGAGUUGAAUCUGCAAAGAAAACAGUGUUCUUUAUGACUUGUUACACUGUUACUGAAUUACCAUACCCUCCUCUCAAGGACCUUCACCUAGCUCCCACACUUAUGUUCUAGUUUUAUAAUGUACUCCUACAGUAAUGUUCUUUGCAGAUGUGGAUGUUUGUGUUUCAUUAUCAUUUGUGGCUCUGUCAAUUUAAUUAUUUUUUCAUUGAAAAAUAACACUAGGUGACAAAUGGUUAAACCCUGGCCUAUAUGUUGCUCUAUGAUUUGUUUGGUUCAUUAAUCAUUUAAAAAAAAAAAAAAUCCUCAAAGAUGACUUGGAAUCUUUGAAAAUGUGGACACAUACAGGAUGCCUGGGUCCAGUUUAGAAAGUUGUAAAAAUGUUAAUGUUUGUGUCAAUAAUAACUCUAAUAUAAUAAUACAAAAGUAGUGUUUUCAUAUGGAUACACAUUGUCGUUUUGUCUGUCAUGUUGGUACGGUUUGGGGAGGGGUGUUCCAUUUAGAGUAUCACAAUGUAAAAGGAUGUAAAAUCAUUGGUAGUUAGUAUGUGUAAAUUGAUGUAAAUUAGCAAUACAAGAAAUCACCAAAACUCUUUCACAUUUCCUUGUAUAGUCAGUGUAAAUUAAACAUCAACCGUAAUAAUAAUGAUACUUAAUAGUAGUACUAAAGCUUAUAACAUGGAAAAGUUCAAAUCAAUAUUUGUAUUUUAAAAAUACUGUAUUUAAAAGAUUAAAUUCUAUUUUUUACUCAAUUUGCUGAUGUUUGUUGAUACUCGUUUUAUUUUUGUGUGGGUUCAAGUCUAAUGGCUGUUCAUGUCUGUGUACUGUUUUUCAGUAAGCUACAAUGGUUAUUUGGAUGUUACUGUCUAAACAAAAUGUUUAUAAUUAAAUCACUGUGAAGAAAAUACAAAUGCUACACUGCAGGAAACAAGGGGUACAUUAAAAUAUUGUAGGUGCUUUGUGUUUUGUAAUAAAUUAACACACACCGUCACAUAUUA